AUGGCCAAAGUCGCAAUUAUCAUCUAUACUUUAUACCACCACAUUAGUGAAUUGGCAGAAGCUGUGAAAAAGGGAGUUGAGGCUGCUGGCUCCCAAGCAGACAUUUUCCAGGUUCCCGAAACCCUUCCAGAAAACAUCUUGAAGAUUUUGAGCGCCCCAAAGAAGCCAGAUUACCCAAUUGCCACAACUGACACCCUCACUUCAUACGAUGCCAUUUUGUUUGGUGUCCCAACCCGUUUCGGAAACAUGCCAAGCCAGCUCAAGUCUUUCAUCGACGGAACCGGUGGUUUGUGGGCCAAGGGUGCUUUGUACCACAAACCAGCAGGUGUCUUUGUCUCUACCAACACUGGUGGUGGUAACGAGAUGACUGCUGUCUCAUUGUUGUCUACUUUCGCACAUCACGGUAUGAUUUAUGUGCCUCUAGGAUUUGCCAAGGCCUUCGGUGAGCUUGGAACCACUUCUGAGGCUCACGGUGGCUCUGCUUGGGGUGCCGGAUGUCUCGCUGGUGCCGACGGCUCAAGAACUCCUUCCGAAUUGGAGUUGAAGAUCGCCCACAUCCAGGGUGAGGAGUUUGCCAAGGUGGCUGCUCAGCUCACCAAGAACUAG